GGUUGCCCUUGGUUGUCAAUUAUCGCAGUAGGCGAGCCACUUCUUCUGCCUCCGAUCGAUGCUAUCGGUACUCCCCGGCGUCUGACGUUACAAGAUGGCGGCGCCCACUACCUGAGCAAGGAAAGUACGGUGGUGGCUGCAACGCAGUGUGGCAAUGUUGCGAGGCUUAACGACGGCGCUGUUGCGGGGGUGGAAUGCAACAACGGCGAUGACAGCGGCAGGGAUCCCCAGUAAGUGUCCACUAUUUCAAACAGCUAGGGGUUAUCCCAGGGCUGUCCGGAAAAGGAAGCCAGAAAUCAGCAGCCAUUUGGAUGACCUUCCUCCUACAAUGUUGAUGAAAAAAUAUGCCAAGGUCCCAGAUAUUGACAAGGUAGAUGAGGUCGUGAAAAGAAUGCUGUCGUUGGAAAUGGCUAGUAAGAGGGAGAAAGUGAAAAUAAAGAAAGAACAGCUGGCUGAUAAAGUGCGGCGAUCCCCCAAUGACUGUGGUUCUCUUGAAGUUCAAAUUGCCUACUUGACGGCCAGGAUCCGCGCACUCCAGGAACACCUACAGAAGCACCACAAGGACAAAGAAAACCGUCGCCAAAUGAUGAUGGUCAUUGACCGGCGGAAGCUGCUGCUGAAGACCCUGCGCAAAAGAGAGUAUGAUGUUUUUGAGAAUACAUGUAAGCAGCUGGACAUUGAGUACACUUUCCCCCUGCCAUACUGCCGGAGGGCCACCCGGCGCUGGGUGGUGAAGAAAGCCUUAUGCAUAAGGGUCUUUGAAGAGGUAAAGAAGCAGAAAGCCCUCGAGAAACUGAAGCAGAGGGAAGUGCGUGCCAGAGCAGCCAAGGAUCAAGCAGUGCAGAAGGAAGGAACCCCAGUAUAAACAAAGCUCCUGCUUUUCUGUAGGAUCCUGAAAAUAAUUACUAAUAAAUGGUUUUACUCCC